AUGAAAUUCUCAAUCUCUUUUCUCACUACAAUUCUUCCAAUAGUCUCGGCAAUUCAUAUCGAAGUAUCAGAGACUUGCGGUUCAUGUGCUGCAGUUGGUACAACAGUUUGUUGUCCAAUUACAAAUUUACUGAUUGAUGGAAAACAAUGCGCAGGUUAUUACGGUGCUGCUAGUGCUGGAUCAAUUUUCUCUCACAAGGAGGAUUUACCGUUAGAACUCCUGAACGAAGGAUGCCCUUGGAGAGACGGGAAAAUGUGGAUUGACGAUGAUAAUAACAUUCAUGUUAUCGACAACGAUGGAAACGACCAUUCAUGUGCACUUCAAGGUGAUUGUGGUCACAACAUCCCACCAAUUCCCGUGAAAGGAGGGGGGACGAUUCAGGUCCCAGGUGCCGAAGGAGGUUGUUCAUGUGAUGCUGAUUAA